AUGGUGUUUCGGGAACUCUUAGAUAGAAUGUGGAAGAAAUUGCGGGGUUGGAAGGAAAAAUUGUUGUCAAGAGCUGGAAAGGAAGUUCUAAUCAAGGCUGUGAUACAGGCUCUCCCUACUUAUCUGAUGGGGGUCUAUGAGAUCCCAACGGCAAUUAUAAAAGAGAUUCAUUCAGUUAUGGCGCGGUUUUGGUGGGGUGGCAAAGGUGUGGAAAAGAAGAUGCAUUGGCAAGUUUGGCGACUCUUACAUUAUAAAAACUCCCUUUUGAGCCGUGUAAUGAAUGCAAAAUAUUAUCCCCAUGGAGAUAUAUUUCAAGCAAGGUUAGGAUACUCAAAUAGCUAUUCCUGGAGUAGUAUAUGGAGUGCGAAAAGCUUGGUGAAGGAAGGUUUGAUCUGGAAGGUGGGAGAUGGGAAAUCGAUAAAUCUGUGGCACGAUCCGUGGCUUAGUGAUGAGGAUGGCCGGUUUGUUUUGAGCAAUAGAGUUGCAGGAUUGAAGUUGGUGGGAGAUUUAAUUGAUAAUGACCGAAAAGAGUGGAAAACGGAUGUGAUUGAAAAUCUUUUUGAGGAACGUGAUCAAAAAUGCAUUCUAGCAAUUCCGUUGAGCUCAAGGUGCUUGCAGGAUGAAUUAACAUGGGCUACUCUAAAGAUGGGACCUAUUCGGUGA